UCGUCUCCGCGACUGCCUUCUCCGCCGCCGAUAGCAGAGGAUCAAACUGGCCCAACUUCGCCCGCCGUUGGACCUUUCGAUGAGAACAACAAAUUGCCUGGAAGUACACCAGAUGGUAGCGCUUCAAGGCGCAUUCGACCUGGGACGAUGGCGGAGGACAUGGCCGAGGGACCUCCAUUGGUUGAGCUCAGUGAACUCGAUUCGGCUUUCCAGCUGACAGAACACCUCAAAGCACUGCACUACUCGUACACGCAUCCAGCCGGUUCCACAUCAGAUGUGCCAGUAAAUGCAGAUUUCGCGCGCCAAUUAGCUCGGCCGCCAGCCAACACAUCGAAGGAGAUUUGGUUAUACGAGUUGGGCCGGUUCCUGAUACAAAAGACGAACGCCAUCAUUGUUGCGCUCUUCGCCGAUAGUCCGGCAUGUAGUUCUCUGACGUGUCCCGAGAUGCGCGCCAGUGAAUGGCAAUACUUGUGCGCCGUACACGAUCCUCCGAAGAGUUGUUCUGCUAUUGACUACUGCUGCCAUACGCUGGAUUGGGCUGCAACAACGUUGACGAGCAGCAAAAUGUUCCCGUCGCGAUUGGGACUCGGGUCGGGUAACACAGGUGGCGGAGGAAAUGACAAGGUGCUGCAGCAGCAGAUGAAGGAGAUCACAAACAUCUUUCGACGCGUGUAUCGGAUCUAUGCGCAUGCUUGGUUCCAGCAUCGGGAUAUGUUCUGGCGCGUCGAGGCCAAGAGUGGUCUGUACGUGCUGUUCAAGACGGUCUGUGACGAAUAUGGCAUGAUUCAGCCCGAGAAUUACACGAUCCCGGCGGAAGCAGAGGGAGUUGAGUUGGAGCUGGCAUCGCGAAGCGCUGAACCUGUACAAGCCCCCAAAGUUUUAAAACGACCGGAUGACUCGGAUGAAGAAAAAGUCACCUUGCCCGAGCCCGCUGGAAACCAUGUGGUCGCCCUCGGUGACACAUCCAAGCGCCAUAGGCAUACCAAGAGCGGCCUGCCGAUACCCGUAGCUGCUCCAAUCCAAGAGGAGGCCGAGGAGCACGAAGACAAUUCCAGUGCAGCAGCGAAGGAACUCGUCGACGAGGCCAGCGCUACGAAAGCGACACCAGGCCACAAAGCGAGCUCCAAGCCGACCGAAGACGAAGAGGAUGAGCUCGCGCCUCCGUCCGGAAUUUUACGGAGUGAUACAGUGAAGCCAAUAAAAUCCACUAGCGACGAUGAUGUUGAUCAGGAAGAACACGCCGAUGUCACGGUUGUUGAAAUAGAACCGGACUUGAAGAACGAGGAAUCCGAGACUAACACGACUGCGGAUGACAAACCGGAAGCAACAGCGGCGACGAGCGCCGAGAUCGAAGACACAGAUACCGAGAAGCCAGAGAAAGAGGCGCCGACGAAGAGCGAAUCU